AUGCCGGAAGGCUCUUGCACUAAAAGCGUGAGAAAGGGGCCGUGGUUGGGGUCGCUAAGUGAGCUGGCCCUCGACAAGGUGAUAUCUAUGAUUCACCAUGACAAAUAUUACAUCAUUGAAAUGCUUAAAAGAGAACAUUACGUUCAGACCACUCUGCGGUCAACUAACAUCCUCAAAACAUUCUACGAAAUGAAAAUCGUACAGAGCUGUACUGAAAGUCUCGUUCACCUGAAAUCGUUCAUGCCAAUUCGUGGCGUGAGUUUCGGCACUGAUCAACCUCCUGAUGCAAUUCGACAGCUCAUCCGCCGGUGGCUCACUGACGAAGAGGCCGACAACAUCUUUUCGAGGUUCCAAGAAGCCUGUAUACCCAACCGCCAGGUGCUAUGGAGCGGCAUGUUGCGUGAGCAGGCUCAGCAAUGGGCCGAUACGCAUGGAUUUCAAACAUUGACAACUGCGCUUGGUCCACUUUUGCAUCAUGGUGACCGAAAAUGUCCCUGCGGACAAAGCUCUGCGAAAUAUAUCCAUGGUGCUUCUAUCAUUUUUGCAUGGUUCAUUUCCCAUGGUGAUCUAGUGACAGUACUCUCGCAUCCCCCGCCCCUCCAUUUUCACCCUUCUGGACAAACAUUUUAUCAAUUAUAUGAAGAGCCUAUCAUUACAGGUACGAUGGGCAAUCGGCCCGUGGGGAGGAUUGACACGGCUCACCCGGCCAUCAAAACAGCUAUCGACUUUAUAUAUCAACUAUGGCCGUAUGAUAAUUCAUCGCUUUGGACUAAGACGUUUGGAGUUUCGAAUACCGAGUUGGGGUGGCGCAAAACCAGAAUAUUGAAACCUAGUACUCAGCGGCCAGCAGCAACCUUGCAGUCUACAUUAUCAAUGACUUCGGAUAGAGCAGAGGCUGUAGAGCCCUCUGACAAGUCAAUGACUAAUGAAAAGAACAUGGUGCCCGUGUCGGAAUACCCUGACCACAACGACGGCUGGUUUCAAAGGGACAACGAGAACAACUCCUCAGAGAGUGGUGAUUACACCAGAAGUUCGGCGAACGAGGAAAAUCCUCCGCCUGGAUUACAUUCUGACGUGGAAGCGCAACGCGAAAAUGGUUCUGAUCAAGGCUCAAAAAGGCCAAGACGUCGUCAAGAUCUUUUUGUUUGGAUGGGCCUAUCUGAGAGCGAAUUGGUCCUCAUGGAAAACUGGAACCUUUUGCCCAGCUUCCAGAAUGAGGAUUGGUGGAAAGAUUUCGAUGAGAAGUGCGACCGGCCGCCAAAGCCCCGACGGUCGUGGCGAGAUUUUGCCGAUUUGCAUCCAACCCUAGAUGGAUCGAUUUUCUGA